CAAACUGUUUCAAUCUUUCCAGCUUUUUUUCACACUCCAUGUCUUACUAGUCGCUCUUUUUUAACAUACACUCCUCGAAGAAAGUCUUAUCUAAAUCUAUACCGGGGGGGGUUUAUCGUUCGCCGCGCUUUGGCUGACUGACGCGGAGCCAUGAGUUUCCCGGGAAUGACCAGACCUGGGGCCACCGCCGGGGCAGCUCCUGGGGGGAUGAGCGAGCAAGAGCAGGCUAUUGUGCGAAAUAUUCAAGCCGCGAUGGAAUCAUGUCCAAUGAAAGCCGUGAUGGCAGGUGGAAUGGGCUUCGCCCUGGGCGGAGCGUUCGGUCUAUUCAUGAGCAGUAUGUCGUACGAUACACCUCUCACACCGCAAGGCCGUGAAAUUUCGAGUCUUCCCGUUCGUGAACAGCUCAGGCGAGGAUUUAAAGAUAUGGGUAGUCGGUCAUUCAGCUCCGCGAAAAAUUUUGCCAUCGUGGGCGCCCUUUUCAGCGGAACAGAAUGCUGCAUAGAGGGUCUUCGCGCCAAGAACGACCUUACAAAUGGCAUUGCGGCUGGAUGCAUCACUGGCGGAAUAUUGGGUGCCAAGGCUGGGCCUCAGGCUGCGGCACUGGGAUGCGCUGGUUUCGCCGCAUUUAGUGCUGCCAUUGAUGCAUACAUGCGACAGCCCUCGGAUUAGGGUUUCGAAACCCCCAUACAGGCAAACUCUACCCUUUUGGAAAACUGUUUUGCUACUACAUACCCUAAAAUGGGCGGAUUCUGGGCUUUGCAGGAGUUUUGGAUGUUUGGCGUUACAUGUACCAAAAACAAUCCGGUUGCAUUUGCGGGCGUUAACUAAGAAAGGUGGUAUUCAGAAUACUGACUGUAAAUUUAAAUCUAGACCAAUUUUUGA